AUGCGUUUCUCCAUCACUACCCUCAUUGCCAUCCUUCCUUUGGCCUCGGCCGCUCUCGUCUCCCGUCAAGCCGCUGGAGAGCCUCCCGUCUGUGCUGCCACCUGUUUGACCUCGAGCUUGACUGACACUGGCGGCUGUGACCUCAGCGACACCGCUUGUAUCUGUCAGAACGAGGCGGUCAUUGCAACCAUCUUCGGUUGUAUCGCUUCGAGCUGCCCCGAGUCUGACCGUCAGGCCGCUGCCGACUUUGGCGCUCAAUACUGUACCGCCGCUGGUGUCUCUGUCCAGCUCCCUGGUGCUACUUCCGUCGCCACCGAGACCGCUACGGCCACCGCCACCGAGACCUCGAUCGCUACCGUUACUACUGACGGUGCCGCCGCUUCGAGCGCCAGUUCCAGCGCCGCGAGUGCCGCUGAGAGCGCCAUGUCUUCCGCUUCGUCUGGAGCUGCGGGCGCUGCCGCGUCCGCCUCUUCAGUUGCUAGCUCCGCCGCUGCUGAAGCUUCGAGUGUCGCCUCCAGCAUCAAGUCUGCUGCCACCUCGGUCGUCGCUUCGGCUACCAGCGCUGCCGCUGAUGCCACCAACGCUGCCUCUGGCUUGAAGGUCCCCGCCGCUGGUCUCUUGGCUGGUGCUUUGGGCUUGAUUGUUGCCCUGUAAACUUGGGCAUCACACGUCAACCCUGUUUUCCCCUGGUCACGUCUCUCUCUCACUCUCUUUACCCUUGUCCUCGGUGACAAGGGCUUUUAAUUCGAUGAUGUUUCCUUGUCUUUUGCCCUCCUUGUCAAUCGUUCCAGGAUGCUAUUCCCUACACUCGUUCCACGUCCAUGCAAUCAAGUAUCCUGGUCA